AUGCAAUUUGGACGAACAGUUAAGGAGAUAGCACGUUUUACAGCCGCCCGAACGCGCUCGGCUGGACAGGAAACUUGUUGGCUUCGCUCGGGCAUCACCAGGACCGACCCUCACGACCACAGCGUUCGACCCGGGAAGCAUUGGCCCGCGGUCGACCAAGAUUUACCACAUGUCCCAUGCAGCCGACCGAGCGCAUCCAUCGAUCCGGGAAGCAAUGAACCGCGCUCGACCCAUUCCUCGACAUGCAAUCAAAGCAUCCGGCCGAACGUACCGGUCGACCAGGAAGGCAAAGGACCACGGUCGACCCAGAUCAUCACCUCACGACCAAGACCAUCACAUCACGGCCGACCCCGACGGCCGACCACAUCCCUUACACUGUCGACCCGAUCUCUGCGAACAAGAAGCCCCCUUAUGCAGUUUCGACUUUUCUCAGUCCGUUUAACCUGA